GGAGGUGACGAGACACACGGCAUGUACCGUGAUCGCCGUCGGUGGCGUGUGAUGGGGCGGGACCCUGAUCCUCAACCCAUCAACUCAGCAAGCCUGUGCGCUGACAGUACCUGCCUGUUUGGGCGCUCUCCGUGCUUGGGAGAUUUAUCCAGCGGCGGGCGAGACUCGAUGCUCAAGAGAGCAUUAGCUCAAUGAAAUAAAAGACCUGAGACUGGUACAUGGCUCUACUUGUAGUCAACAGUAUUAGAAGUGUGUAGGGAUACUUCUCAGUGUGUAAGAUGGCUCCCGUCGAGCACAUCGAGCUGUGAGCAAAUGGAUGAGCAUGAGACAAG